UCUCGGUGCAGAAUAACACCCUCGUGCUUUGCUUUAUUAUCCAGCAUCUCAGCACCACCAUUGAGCCUAGACAUGACGUUCAGUUCCAUACAACAAUAGUCGUCUGCCUUCUCUCCCUAUCCACCGCAAAUUUAUGGGCUCAGCACCAUGCCUUCCGCGUCGCCUUCGCCGAUGAAAAGGCCCUCACUCAACGAACGUAACUCGUCCACCCAGUCUUUAUCGUCUUCGAGCAAGCAAGCCACGACUCACAAAGUUCACCGUCCUCAGAAAGUCACCAGGCACUCUAGGAAUGCGUCUCACGGCAAAGGCCUCAGCAAGCUGGGUAGAGUCCAUUCAACAGCUGCCAUCAUCACCGAUCAUCAUCACCAAAGAAAGAAGUCCAGUGGCACCACCCCUCCUCAGAGUCCAAGAGUACCCCUUAUGAAACGAAACAGCUCCCAUGUCACUCUGCCGAAGAACUUAUCCCACGGGAACCUGCGGAAGAAUCAGUCCGCCAACGCAUUGGCUCGCAAUACCUCUCAUCCGGCUUUGAAGAAGAUUGGACUUGCUCCGGCGCCCAAACAGAAGAACAAGAAGAAAGAUGGGGUUUUCCAGCUUGGAGAUCAUUCUUCGGAUGACGAAGAGGAGGCUGAGUGGGAAGAUUCAGCCACUCAAUCACCAGAGAUGACACGGAAUAAUUCCAAAACAUCUACGCCCGCAAGAGUAGGCACUCCGAAUGGCGAGGAAGUCUCACAACAUCCUGCGGCAGCAAUGGCUGGCGGCCGGCCACCAAAGACCUUCGCGCCGCCUGAUCCAGAGCUGAGGACAAACAAUCGAUCUGCUCCUGAUUCGAGAAAGGACUCCAACGUCUCGCCAACACAGCUUCCUCCCGAUCCUGCCCUCCUCCACCAACAUCCUCGCGCAUCUCGUGCGCCACCAGCAAUGUCCACAGUUUCUGCGCAUGUCGGACCGAGUCAGCUACUGCGAAGCGAUUCAUCUAAAUCCUUUACUCAGAUCACGCAUGGUGAAGCCGCGUCCAUGCGUACUACGCCAACGGCGUCUGGCUCGGGCUCUGGGCAGGGGCCUGCCUCAUCAUCGGUAGAUGGUGGUGUCUCCCACUUCCUCGCGGAGGGUGCAACUCCCUCGCAUCAGCAAGUCGCCGACGAGUCGGACGACGAUUCACCCUCAAACUUCAUGGACAACUACAAACCGCAGCCCUCCGAGUCACCCGAGAAGACAAGGACACUACACAAGAUGCGCCUGCCGACACACCCGUCAAGAACCCAACAGAAACUUGAGCUACAAAGGAGGGAGAUCAUGCGUGCGGGGGCUGCAACACCGACAACCCCGCCAGCUCACGGCAUGGGUCUGGCGAUGGGCUCUUCCACAUCGUUGCAUAGUCGGACAAGCUCUAGAAAUCGCAACAGAUCUCUAGCCGGAGGCCGAGGCCUGGCUGGAGACUUGAAGGCCGUGAAGCAAGAUUAUGAAAGUGCCGUCAAGCAGUUGAACGUGGUGAGGAGAUUUCGAAGUCCAAUCAUGGAAAGCUUGAACAGGCUGAAACAGGCCAAUGUCUUGCCAAACGAGGUCGGCCCUCUCUCUUCGACUCCUCCAGCCUCGAAAAACAGGCCCCCCAGUCGGCGCGGGCCUAGCACACCUACUGCCAAUGGAACUGCAAAGGCGGGCAUCAGCAGGAGUUUUGAAGAGAAUAGAUCUUCGUUGGCAUCUCGGCCGAGCAGUCGCGGUCGAGGUGGGAGGGUACACUUUCAGCGGCAGAGUAGCCAUGAUGAUAUUGAGGUGACUCCGUCUCGAGGCAGCCCAGAUGAUGGACCGGAUGACGAACAAGGUCUCUCACCCGAAGACGCUCUGAUACGGCGAAUUUGGGACAGUCGAGAGGUGUAUGAGUCUGGAGACUCGAUACCGUCCCGGUGAAUCAGGCACCAACCUGUCUGAUAUCAUGCAUGUUUGGUUUUGUGACGAAUGAAUAUUCUUACCAUGGAUAUUGCUGCGUUCAAGCGGAAUUCUGCAGUUUUAGUAAUACUAUGGCUGAAUCGUCGUGUCAUUGGCGGUUCUCUAAAUGGUUCAGACCAGGGGGCAUAAGCGAGUUUCCGGUUGACUUCGUGGCAG